GUGGAUUUAAAGGGCUAACGAAAAGGGAAAAACCAUACUUGGCCACACUACGUAACCCAACACACGUAAAAACGUGUGAUAUUAUUAUUAAUUUUAAAAUAAGUAUGUCGGCGCUGUACCAGAGGUUUUUGAAGGUACUUGAAAAGUGGCCAGCGGAUAAAUCAAAAGCCGGCAGGGAUCUCGGCGAGCAGAUCCGCAAGCAGGUGACAAAGCUGACCAGUCUUAAAGGAGGCGCGACGGAUCAGGGUCUGGAUCUUCAGAUCGGAGCUCUCGAGAGGCUGUCAAAUAACGUCUACCUUCGGAAGUAUCCGCGAACCUUCGACUCUACCGCGACAGGCUUAACAGCGGCCCAGUGCAACCAGGUCUUGAGCUCCGAGUUCCUGCAGUAUCUGAACGAGGGCUCGAAGAAGUAGUGGCAGAGAAAUGAUGAAACGACUACUAAUCUCGACUAGACUGAGGCGAGUCCAACGACGAAACCACAGUGAGGCGGCUGCAGCAGCGGCACCCCAACCACCCCACGUUCCAGUGCUCUGCGACACUGCCAUUGAACAUCUUCAACCCCUACCUGGAGGCACCUACAUCGACAUGACCUUUGGAGCUGGGGGCCACACCAGACGUAUUUUUGAGAAGUGUCCUGAGGCGAAGGUCUAUGCUUUGGAUCGCGACCCAGUAGCCCACCAACUGGCGAGAGAACUGAGCCAGAAGGAAAAGUACAAGGGCAGACUGAUCCCUUUGCUGGGAAAGUUCUCGGAUAUACCGAAGCUAUUUGAGGAACAUGGUCUCUCCAGGAACUCACUGAAUGGCAUUUUGUUUGAUUUUGGCUGCAGCUCAAUGCAGUUCGAUGAGGCUGAAAGGGGCUUUUCUAUUUCCAAGGACGGCCCGUUGGAUAUGCGCAUGGAUGGAGGCCACAGUGGCGGAGUGACUGCUGCCGAAGUGUUGUCUAAAAUAGAAGAAACCGAUUUGGCGCGAAUCCUCAGGAUCUAUGGCGAGGAAAAGGCCGCCAAGAAAAUAGCCCGCGGUUUGAUUGACGCCCGUAAAGCCCUCGUACAAAUUGAGACCACAAAACAGCUGGCGGACUUAGUGGAGGAUAUCCUGUCAAGUGGUCCGAGAAGGGAUAAGCUGCAGAGGCCCUCUCACUCGGCCACAAAGACUUUCCAAGCCCUUCGCAUCUUUGUCAAUAAUGAGUUAAACGAGAUCAACUACGGCAUGGUUCUGGCCAACGAAAUCCUCCGCCGCGAAGGUCGUCUGGUCACCAUUACCUUCCACUCGUUGGAGGAUACCAUUGUCAAGCGUCACAUCAAUGGAAACGUCGUGGCUGGUGCCGCCAAUCCCUUGCCUCUCAAAUAUUCCGGACACGACAUCAUCGACGACCCGGAAAUGCUGCAAUCCCUUGUACAAACAAACUGGAAGCCGUUGCACCGCCAUGUCAUCGUCCCAGACGCCGAGGAGGUAGCCCGCAACAGCAGGAGUCGCUCCGCAAAGCUAAGAGCAGCCGUCAAAGUUAACUAAAAGAGCACGUCAAUAAAAUUCCCUAAUCUAGUCCAGAUUCUCCACAA